AUGGCCUCCAAGGUCUUACAGAACAACACCAACAGCAGCUGGAUGAAAGAUCCAGGGCUGCGAAGACUCAACCUGGGGAUCGGGUUUAUGCUAUCUGCAUCGGCUACAGCAGGAUAUUGUGCUAGCAUGAUCAAUGGCCUUCUGGUGCUUCCCGAAUUCUCUAGAUUUUUGGGAGGUCUUGACACAAAUGAGAGAGGCCUGAUCAUCGCAGCUGUUUCACUUGGAUCCUUUUGCGCCUUCAUCCCCGGAUCUUACAUCGCUGACAAUUUGGGGCGGAGGAUCUGCGUGCUCAUCGGCGCCACGCUAGUGAUCACCGCCUCAAUUAUUCAAGUCGCUACAAAAAACCCUUGGGUCUUUUUCGGUGCUCGUGUUCUAGCUGGAAUGGGCGUUGGAGUCUCACAAACAGCCGCACCACUGCUCAUUACUGAAUCAACACAUCCACGCCAGCGACAGGCCUUCACAGGUCUCUACAAUGCACUUUGGUUCAUCGGCUCCAUUACAUCGGCUGCUAUUGGUUUUGCUGGACUCGCAAUUUUAGGAAGUUGGUCAUGGAAACUUCCCUGCUUAACACAGGUGUUUUAUCCUGUCCUUCAAUUGAUAGGGCUUUGCUUUGUCCCUGAGAGCCCAAGAUGGCUCGUCUCGCGGGGAAGAAAAGAGGAGGGAAUGGCGAUACUGGCAAGAUACCACGCCAAUGGAGAUGAAACCGACGAACUUGUUCAAGAUGAAUUCUACCAGAUUUGCAAGAGCAUCAAUGCGGAAUCCGACAAGAGCUGCCGCCGCUGGAGCACUUUCUUCGCAACCAGGAGCAACAUCCAUCGCCUAUCCAUUUGUGUAAUCCUUGGAUUCAUGCAAGAGUGGUCUGGAAAUGGCGUGGUUUCUUACUAUCUAGCUCCGAUUCUAGAAUCAGUCGGUAUAUACAACGCAUCUCACCAAGCAGCCAUCAAUAUUAGCAUGCAGGUGUGGAACCUGGGAUUCGCGGUCGCCGGAGCAAUGGCUGCAGAUCGGUACGGACGACGAAAGCUCUGGCUAAUCGCGACAAUGUUGAUGUUCAUCUAUCUCUCCGCGGCGACAGCUAUGUCUGGUCUUUUCCAAGAAAUGCAUGUGCUAGAGGCUGGCAUUGCGGUGGUUCCCAUGCUUUUCCUGUUCUGCAGCGCUUACGAUAUGGCAUAUAUGCCCUUGUUUAUUGCAUACCCAGCCGAGAUCCUGCCCUUCCAACUUCGCGCCAAGGGCCUUGCUAUCACACUGACAACCGAUUCCAUGGCUUGCUUUUUCAACCAGUUUAUUAACCCGGUGGCUUUGGCGGCAAUCCGCUGGAAGUACUUCACGGUGUACCUGGGCUGUCUUGUGAUUUUCAUGGGGACGAUCUACUUCCUCUUCCCAGAGACUAAAGGCCUAUCUCUGGAGGAGGUGGCACGAAUCUUUGAAAAGGAGAAGACUUAUGUGGUUGAGACGCACAACCCGGAUGUUUCACAGGAGCUGCUCGUGAUGCAGAAGAAGAGCAGCACCUCAUCCUCAUCCUGA